GCGCCGUCCUGAGCAUUUGUCGUUCGUGCGCGGACAUGCUAAAGCGUCUGUGUUUGUGCUUGUAAUUUCAUGAUUGGGAAACUAAAUGCAGCGAUCAUAACUUAACUAACUCGCUUCCGUCGCUGCACUGGUCACGAAUCUAUUCUCCAACAGGCCUGGAACUGCUUGACAAUGUCUUUGCUCGAGUUCGAAACACAAAUGUUCUUGGAUCUUCACAACGAAGAUGGUCUAGUCAUAGUAGCCAAAGGCCUUGGCAUAGAGCGAUUGCUGUUGAGCUUGAUGAAAGUUCACAAUGACCCCGGCAGUCUCGUUUUAGUACUGGGAACGACAGCUGAAGAAGAGGAAUUCUUCAUUAGCCAGCUUCAAGCAGACAAUGUAAACCCGCUCCCAAAAUCUAUAACCGCUGACUGUGGCACAAAGGAGAGGACUGACGUGUAUUUAGCCGGAGGUGUCCUCUUUGUGACGUCACGGAUUCUUGUUGUUGACAUGCUUAUGGAGAGAGUCCCCAUCGAUCUCAUAACGGGCAUCAUAGUGUAUCGAGCUCACAAAACACUGGAGUCUUGUCAGGAAGCCUUCAUUUUGAGACUGUAUCGGCAGAAGAACAAGACGGGAUUUGUGAAGGGCCUUUCCGACAGUGCCGUGGCCUUCACCCACGGUUUCUCGCAAGUUCAACGCAUGAUGAGGAAUCUCUUUGUGAAAAAGCUGUUUCUCUGGCCAAGGUUCCAAGCUGACGUUAUUGCAUCCCUAGAGAAGAGAAAGCCAGAAGUUGUGGAGAUCCGUGUUGCCAUGACGCCUGCAAUGAACAUAAUACAGAUGGCUAUUCUGGACAUUAUUGCCAGCUGCGUCCGAGAAAUAAAGAAAUGCAAUCCUUCGAUUGACAUGGAAGACAUCACUGUAGAGAACACCAUUGCGAGGUCAUUCGAAAAGAUUGUCAAGUUUCAGCUCGACCCAGUCUGGCAUCAGAUUGGCCCGAAGACGAAGCGCUUAGUUUCUGACAUCAAGACCCUUCGCACCCUGCUACUGUAUCUGACGCAGCAUGAUUGUGUAACAUUCUACAGCCUUGUCAAAUCGAUACAUGACAGUGCCACAGCCAUGACGCAGGUGUCCGACUGGCUUUUCUUGGAUGCAGCGGAUACGUUGUAUGUUCAAGCAAAAGCCAGAGUUUACGGCACGGAUAAGCGGCCUCGCAAGGAUGACCAAAAGCAGAAAAACCCAGAUAAAAAAGUGGAUCCAUCGUUUCAACCCGAACACAGCCCGAAGUGGGCUGCACUGUCCGAAAUCUUGGCCGAGAUCAAAGAAGAGAACAAGGAGCGGGCAGACCUGAACACCGUGUUGAUUGUGGCUGAGGACGAUCGGACAUGCGGUCAGCUCUCGGAGUACCUUUGCGGUGGUGCUGACGCCGUCCUUUGCAACCUGUACCGCAAAGCUGUCGGGGACAAAGAUGGCGUGCAACUUCCUCCCCUGAGCCAUGGUGAUGACGACAGUGGCAAGGGCCCUGGGAAGAGGAGGAAGAAGGCAAAGAAUGCAUCUGAUGGACAGAAAAAGAAAGGAAAUCAAGAUUCAGAAAUGGAAGGAUCCGACAUGACGGAGACGGAGACUGAGGGAAUGGAAUCGCCACCCGCCUUUCCCAACACGAUUUUUCACCCGUUGAAGUCGGCGGAAUUUGCCCUGCAGCAGCUUCUUCACUCUGUCGAGCCAAAGUACAUCAUCCUGUACGACGUCAACAUUGCGACAGUCAGAGAAAUCGAGAUGUACCAGGCCACCAGAGCGAAGGAAGUGCUUCGCGUUUACUUCCUCAUGUACGAAGACUCCAUAGACGAGCAACGCUAUCUCACUUCCCUUCGGCGAGAGAAGGAUGCGUUCGAAUUCCUGAUCAAGGAGAAAAGUGUAAUGGUGAUACCCGAGGAGCAGGAUGGGAAAGGAGAGUACCACCCUGACCUCAUAGAUGACCUCGGAAAGUCAAACGAGCCAGCCAGUUCACGGAAAGCGGGUGGCGCGGUGGCCCCUGUUUCAACAUCUCGCAGGGUCAUUGUGGAUUUGCGAGAGUUCCGCAGUGAACUUCCCUCACUCAUUCACAGGCGAGGAAUCAGCGUUCAGCCGGUCACCAUUGAGGUUGGUGAUUACAUUCUGACACCUGAGAUCUGCGUGGAACGCAAGAGCCUCAACGACCUCAUAGGUUCCUUGAAUAAUGGCCGCCUGUAUAACCAAGCGCAGGCGAUGUGCCGUUACUACAAGCGUCCCGUGCUUCUCAUCGAGUUCAACCAGAAUCAGCCUUUCUGCCUUCAGGGCAAGCACCUGCCGUCAUCGGAGUGCACCUCACAAACUUUCGUCUCAAAGCUGAUCCUGCUGACGAUGCAUUUUCCACGCCUGCGUCUGCUGUGGUGUCAGAGCCCGUACGCCACAGCCGAGAUCUUUGAUAUCCUGAAGCAUGGGAAGGAGGAACCGACUGUGGCAGAGGCGCAAGCAGUGACGGAAAAGGAACUUCAAGACAGCGGCAAGUCAAGUGACAAGUACAACCCUGCUCCACAGGAUUUCCUUCUUCAUCUGCCUGGGGUCAGCUUGAAGAACUAUACCUCACUGAUGCGCAAGUUCACAAGUCUGGCAGACAUGUUUAAGGCAUCAGAAGAGGAGUUGUCAUCGGCAAUGGGCAACGCGGCCCAAGCCAAGGCCCUCUGGCAGGCCAUCCACAUCCCCAUCGAGAACAACCCACAGAAAGCAGUGCCACAGCGGAAGUUUCGAAAGAAAUAGCACCGGCUGUCUAUUAAGCCUGUACAUACUGUAUAUAGGGUAUCCUUGUGGUCGCACAGUUAAUGUUCAAGUGGCCUUGGAUACUGUUUAUAUAAAUAUCACUGCCGCUCAGUGUUAAAGCAGCUCUUGCAUGGCGUGACAACCUGGUGAACGUUCGUAAUGUACGUGUGCAUGGCCAUCACAUUGGGUUAGCUUCGAUGGAAUCAUCAUUGUGGCUUUGUAUCAUCUCUAUGCAUGUGUUGUUAUAUACUGACAUUUACAAUGAGCUUAUUAAUUAAUUACACUAGGAGUCACGGUGAAAGGAAACACUUGGUUCGCAAUUAAGACAUUACAAGGACUCUAACGAGAAGCACUGAUUCAGUUCAGACUGAUAAAAUUUUCUUUUAAAAGUCUCUUUUCGUUUACUUAACAGUAAGAAGUUGACUACAUUGUUAAUGGUACAUUUGACUAGCACCAGAGCAAGCCUGCCCCAGCCAAUGUUUAGCUGCUCCUGAGUAAUUGGAUGAGCCAGGUGAUCAGGAUUCAUAUCUUGAUUGCGCUUCCAGCUCAAGAGUGUUAGCACCUCAGUGCUCAAGGCUCUUAAUGCUCUUAAUGAACCAGGCAGAUGUGUUCUCAACACUAUUUCUACUGGCCAAUUAUGAACCACACUGCAAGAGUGCUAUAGAGCAUUUAAAAGUGAAUCGUUCAAUGUGUCUUAAGCAAAUAAAUUAAGGCCGACAUUUUAGGCAGAAACUCCAGUGCUGGCAUGUCAGUGCAAGGUCACAGAUAUCGAAGCAUUUUUAUCAAUCAGGGUCACUGCAGAAGAGCCAAAGUUUUCAGAACUUGGAAAGUUGUGUCUUUGGCGUCCUUAGAAUAGUCGAUGUAGUCGAUUUGAUGUGAAAAAAAAAAAUUUACAGAGUCUGAGCAGAAAGCUUUAAAAUUGUCUUCACUGAAAGCUGGUAUGCGAACUUUCAUAGUCGCCUUUUGCCAGGGGGUGGUGGGAAGGUGAGGGCAGCUUGAACGUAAUAAUGUAUUUUUGUGACUGCCUUGUUUUCCGACCACACCUUUUGUAGUAUAACAUACCGCUGGUGUGGAUGUACGUUCUUUGAGUGUCUUUGAGCAGUGUCAGAUUUCGUGAGGAUAGAAAUUGAUUCUUGGACACUUGUACAAUAAAUGAGAACCACCUUUGCAAGUGCUGUCA